AUGACUUCGUUUGGUGAUAACAGAAAGAAAGAGUCAGGUUAUCAAACUACAUUCACAAUUCAGGGACAAAUUUAUCACAGAAUAGGAUCUCUUCUUCCAUAUGAUUGUGAAUCAUCAUUUUUACAAAAAUAUUUUAUUGGUGAUGAUGAUAUACAAUCACAACGUAGAUGUUCGAUCGUUUCCGAUGUACAACAUGAAAUAGUUCAAUCUUUACAACAUUUUCUAAAUGAACACAACGCAUUAAUAAAACUUUUCAAAAAAUAUGAACGCCACUGCGUAUGCCUGUGA